AUGAGUUGGUUCAACGAAAAUAAAAAUAAUUCCUCUCUAUUUUUUUCAAAUAAAUCUUUAACAAAUCAUCGAACAUGUACAUCGUGUUGUCCAUGUGAUGCUAAAAAUUUACUUCAUCCAAAAUUCAAUAAUUUUCUUUCUCAUGACACAGAUGUAAAAGAGAAUGGAUUAAUAAAAACUUCAGAUACAUGUUGUCUAAGUAAACUUCAAGUUGAUUGUCGUAUUCAAUGUUAUAAAAAGAAGAAAAACCAUGAGAAAAUGAUGAAUACAAAAAGAUAUGAUUCUAUAAAUUCAACUCCAAGCAUAAAACGAAGUAUUUCAUCGUCAUCCGGUCGAUUGAGUCCGAUACAGAAAAGAAAAAGAUUUGAUUCAACUACAAAUGCAAACAGUCAUUACAUUCGUAAUCAUGAUUUUGAUGAUCAAGCCUCGUCUUCAUCUCUUUCAACAUUAUCGCAUAUGAAUGAAAGUGAAAUAACUGAACAAACGUUUUCGUCCGUGGAAUCAGAAAAAGAAUUGAAAUAUAACUAUAAAUCUGCAAAUGCUCUACAAUACCGUAAAAGAAGCCCAUCAAUAUUACCCAUAAAUCAAAACAUUCAAGAUUUAAAAACUUCUAUUAAUAAUCUGACUGAAUUAAUUGCCCAACAAAAAAAUCCUUCUCAAACAUCUACAUUAUCAAAGCCAACAAUAUUGAGUUCUUUUCUUGAUAAGCUUCGUCGUGUUUUUAAUUUAUUCAAAUCAUCAUCGAAAUCCACUAACGACUGUAUCAAUGAAGAAUGUUGUCGAAUUCUUGAAUGCAAUCAUCUAACGAAGCAAACUCUUCUCAGCGUCUAUCAAUUAUUUGAUAGAAAUGAAACUUUAUUUCUCAAUUGGGCACAUUUUAAUAAUAAUGAACCAAUUUGUAUUGUACAAGGAUGUCCAAACGGAAUUCAAACAAAUCCAUCUGUACAAUAUUUUGCUGUACCAGUGCAUAUUACAAGUAUUGCAGCAGCCUGGUACAAAAAUACGAUGCGUACUGAUUUGACACCAUCUCAUACGCAUCGUAUUUGUGAACAGCAUUUUGAAGAACCAUGUUUUGAUUAUGUUGGAAAUAAUACUAAAGUACUUAAGCCAAAGUCAUUACCAACAUUAUUUGAUUUAGAAGUUUUCUAUAAAAUGAUUGCAUAUCAAGAUAAAUUACAAGAGUCAAAUAAAUCUAUUAAAAAAACUAAUAUUACUUUUCACACAAGUAAUCCUGAUUUAGAUGGUAGAACAUUAGAACCAAUAUUAAAAAUGAAUCUUGAAAGUGGUCAUGUUAAAACACGUUUAGCACCAACACAAACAUCUAGUAAUUCUCCACAAGAACAAAAUGAUAAUACAAAUAUUAAAAAUCAAUCAUCAUUUAUUGUGAAUAAACCAGCAUUAAAUCAACAUGAGAGUUUCGAAAGUAAAGCAUCGAGUCGUUGUCACGUAGAAGGCUGUGCACAUAAUUAUGUUGCACGUCGCCAUCGUGUACAAUUAUAUAAAAUACCACGUGAUCCUACAAUAGCUCGUAAAUGGCUUGACGCAUGUGGUUAUGAAAAUAUCCCAGUAUCAGCAUCAACUUCAACAUUUAAAGUUUGCCGAGAACAUUUUACUCAAAAUGAUUUUGAAGGACCAACCACAUUGCGUCCCGAUGCUCUACCAUCCCUUUUUACAACAUAUUCACGUUCACUUAUGGAUAAAAAUAAUUUAAUUGAUUCGAACUCACCUGCAAAACGUUUUCGAUCUGAUAUGGCUAGCAUACGUGCUAAACAAACAGCACCAAUGACUAAUAACAGCAGCAGUAGCAGCAGCAUCAACAACAACAACAACAACAAUAAUAAUAAUAAUAAUAAUAAUACGAAUAAUAAACGCAUGCAAACACCUUAUAGAAAUAAUAAUAACAAUAAGCAAUAUUCUCAUGAACCACAAAUGCUUUCACCAUCGCCAACGCGUGAAAAUUUUGAUGAAAAUAAGCAAAUAUUGAAUGACUCAAAACAAUCAAUUGAUAUGGAAUUAAAUAUGAAUUGUAUGGAAGAACAAUUAACUGAAGCACAAUUAGUACAUUGUCCUGUUAAAGCUCUCGAUCGAACAGAUACAACUAACGGUACAACACCAAAGCCACGUAAUCCUGUUGGUCGUCCUCGUAUACAUCCACGUGAACCAUCAUCGACAACAGCAACAGUCUCAACACCGAUGAAUAAUUCGAUAGCACGUCGUUCAAACUAUCGUUCAAAUUAUGUUGAAGAUGAUCCAAAUGAAUUUGAGGAAUACGAUGAUUGGAAUGCUGACGAAUAUGAUCAUGAUGAUACAACACGUGAUCGUGAUUGGCUUAAUCGCCAGCAAGAUGAUCGUUUACCAUGGUCAAAACGAAAUAAUUCAACUGUUAAUAAUUAUUCAUCAAACUAUCAACGUAAUAAUAAUAAUACUACUACUACCACUACCACCACCACCGCUAAUAAUAAUACGAAUUCGUAUCGAAAUGUUCGACAACCAGUAUCUUUCCAACAACAAGAACAGCGCCAGACAAAUAAUAAUCAACAACGACAAAAUCGUGGACAAUUUUAUCAAACGCAAUUUGUUAAACCAGAACCAACACGUAAAGCAACAAUACCAUUUCUUCAACCAGCUUUUGCACCAAAUGCUACAACACAAUAUCCACGUGAUCAACCAUUACCUCGUCUUAAGCCUGGUACUGUUAGAACUCGAGAAGAAGGUCUUGAAGUUGAGCUCGAACACACAUAUAAACGAGCUCUAUCGAAAUAUUAUGGUCAAAAACCCGGUCGAAAUUUGCCAUUAUCCGAUUAUGGUGAUUUCCGUAGUCAAUGUCCUAUGUGUGAAAAUCUUCUAUUUGAUAAUAAUAUUCAAUUAAUUACACAUCUUUGUCAACAUUUUGAUCAACAACAAAACAACAAUAAUAAUAAUAAUAAUAACAACAACAACAAUGAGCAACAAUUUCAACCAAAUACAAAUUCACCAUUUGAACAAAUUAAUACAAAAUGUUCACAUUGUCAAUCCGAAUUUUCCAAUCCAUACUUUCUUGCUAUACAUAUCGAUGAUAAACAUAUGCUUGAAAUGAAUGAAUAUCGUUGUCGUAUAUGUGAACAACGUCAUACAUCAUUAUUAGAAUUAAUCGCACAUUUAAAUUUAUGUCAUUGUGGUUUAGAAAUGCCAUAUUUUUGUGAAGUAUGUUCAUUUCGUACAUCAAUGCAAGCCGAUAUGAUUUAUCAUAUUGAUGAAGUACAUAAAAGUACAAGAUAUUUCUUUUGUCCGUAUUGUUUUAUUGGUAUUGAAUUACCAUUUAUAACAAAUUCAUCGACUAUACUUAAUGGAACAUUAGCUUAUAAACAUUUAUUAUUGCAUUUUAAUAAAGUCGAUCAAGGACGUACAAUACAAUCAAAAUUUAAACAUUGUAGAAAAUGCGUUUUACAUGUUUCAUCAAUGAAAGAUCAUUUACAACGUGAUCAUUUAAAUAUUGUCGAUGGUAUUAAAGCAACAUAUUAUGAUGAAGAUGAAAAUUUAGAGAAACAAAGUGACGAAGGUGAGCAAUAUGAUGAUUCGAUGAUGGAUACGUCGUCGUUAUCAAUCGAUAAAUCAUCAACAGCAAGAUAUGUGACACCGGCAAAAAGUGGAUAA